AUGGCCGGAGCCUCCACCCUCCACCUGGCCGGCCCAUCACACGCCUCCGCGAGCCGCGCCGCCGCCUGGCCCACCUGCUCCCCGCCAGCUUCCGCUCCCUGCCCGCGCGCGCAGCACCAGGCCGCCAACCACCGCGCUGCACGCGCUCCGCCUGUCGCUCGACCUCCCCGCCUCGCGCGCCGCCUCGCUCCAUCCGCGCCCACCGAGCCGCUCGCCUCCACCACCACCCCGCUGCCGUCCGUGUGCCCCCAGGCCGCUCCACCGCUCGACCCGCACGCCGGCCUCGACCGUGCCCCGCCCCGGCCAAGCACCUGGCCGCCCAUCGCGCGCAGCGCUCGCAGCAAGCGCCGCCUGCCCGACCUCCCGCUGCAGCCGCUCGCAGCAGGCGCCUCCACCCUCGGCUGCUCUGCCGCACCACGCGCCCAAGCCGCAGCUCGCUCCCAUCCGCCACCAGACGGCCGGCCCACCCGCCCAGCUCCCCGCGUGCGCCUCCGCGAGCCAGCAGCUCAAGCUCCCCCAUCAAGCCCGCCUGGCCGCAUCACCGGCGCGCAGCGCCCGCGCUCCCUCCACGCUGUUUGCUCCGAUUUCUGCCCAGCUCGAUCGCCUCCGGUUGACCGGGCGCCACACCGGGCCACCCGGUUGAAAUCUGCUCGGACCGGAGCGAGACCGGACGGCAACCGGAUGGUCCGGCCAGGAAUCCGGUUGACCGGGUUCUGGACCAUUUUCGUCUAA